AUGGAUAAGGAUACAUUAUUAAAAGCUCUUGCUGGUACAUUAGAUGCUAACCAGCAAGUCAGAAAACAAAGUGAACAACAAUUACAUGCAUUUGAAGAACAACCAGGUUUCACCUCAUAUUUGUUAGAUUUAAUUACUGAAGAAAAUAUCCAAUUGGGUAUUCAAAUAUCAGCUGCGAUUUUUUUCAAGAAUAGAAUUGUUGCACAUUGGGUAGUUGCAGAAAAUAAACAAGCAACUGCUUUAAGUAUCAAAGAUGUCGAGAAGGGUGAUAUUAAAUCAAAAUUGAUUACGACUUUAUUCAAGACUUAUAAAAAUAAUCAAAUCAAAUUACAACUAACAACUGCUUUGAAUAACAUCUUAGCUGCUGAGAAAUGGGAGGAAUUGAUUGCAAUCAUUAAGAAUUUAUUAAAAGAUGUUAACGACAUUGAUCAUGUUUAUACCGGGUUACUUUGUCUUUACGAAUACUCGAAGAAUUAUAGAUGGGCAGGCUUAGAAGGUACAUCCAACCCAGUAUUAGAAGACAUUACUCAAGAAAUAUUUCCAAUCUUACAGAAUUUGGCCAAUCAAAUAAUUGAAAAUGCCGGGGAUAAUACUGUUUUCGAUGAAAUGCUUUAUUUAAUUAUGAAGAUAUUCAAAUUUACCAUGUACUCGUAUUUACCUUCAUAUUUCCAGAAAGAUACUUCUCACUUAGGUGCAUGGUGCCAAAUUCAUAUUCUUAUCAUCAAUAAACCAUUACCUAAAGCCGUAUUAGAAGAGGAGGAUUACGACGUCAGAGCCUUGAACCCUAGAAUCAAGGCAGUUAAAUGGUGUUUCGCCAAUUUGAACCGUUUAUUAAGCAGACAUGGAGGUGGUGUUCAAACUAAGGAUAAGAAUGAUCCAUCAAACCAAUUUGCUCAAAGCUUUUUAACCAAUUUUGUUCCUGAAAUUUUAUCUGCAUAUUGGAAAAUUAUUCAAGAUUGGUCAACUAAGAAAGUUUGGCUCAGUGAAGCUUCCUUAUAUCAUUUAAUUUCAUUCUUGGAACAAUUGGUAGAUACUCCUGCUUGGCCAUUAGUUGAAGAUAAGUUAGAUGCAAUUGUUAGACAUGUCUUGUUACCUACUUUGUCAGCUACUCAAGAAACUAUUGAAUUAUACGAAGAUGAACCAGAAGAAUAUAUUAGAAGGUUCUUUGAUAUUAAUCGUGAAUCCAACACUUCAGACGUGGCAUCAAUUAAUUUUAUUUAUAGAUUGACUUCCAAGAAGUUUUCUUCUACCAUUAAUUUAACAUUAAGUGUUAUCAAUGAAGUUUUCACAUUAAGAAAUGAAAACAGAAACAAUUUACAAGUUGCAAUGAAUACUGAAGGUGUCUUAAGAAUGUUGUCUACAGUUGCUUAUAGAUUAGAUCGUAACCUGUCUCCAAUAAAAGGUCAAGUUGAUAAAGUGUUACAUACAUUUGUCUAUCCAGAAUUGUUGACCCAAACUUCAUCAACUACUCCAUGGUUAACAGCCAGAGCAUGUGAUACUAUUGCCAUGUUCCACGGUCAUAAAUAUCAGGACAUGUCGGCAUUGCAAGAUAUCUUCCAAGGUAUUGUUUUAUGUUUCCAAAAUGACGCACAAUUCCCAAUUCAAUUAACUGCUGCUGAUGCAUUAGGUGCUUUGGUAGAAGAAGAAUCAGUUGCAGAUCAUGUUUCACAUGAAGCUCCACAAUUAAUGGGUAAUUUAUUAGAAAAGGCCAAAAAAUUUGAAAGUGAUAUCUUGACUAAUGUUAUGGAUAUCUUUGUGCAAAAGUUCGCUAAGAAUUUAGAACCUUAUGCUGUCGAAUUAGCACGUCAAUUGGUCGAUUCAUUCGUUAUAUUAGCACGUGAAAUGUUGGAACAACAAUCAACUGAGGGUACUGAGGAUAUGGAUAAAGUAUAUCAAGCUGGUGGUAUUUUGAGUACUUUGACUACAUUACUUAUUGCCAUGUCGAAUACUCCAAAUGUUUGUCAAUCUAUUGAACCAGUUGUAAAGGAUAUGAUUAUAUUUAUUUUUGAGGAAGCGAUGAUUAAUUUCUUAUCUGAAGCUGUUGAAAUCUUGGAAGCAAUCUUAUUUAGUGCCAGAGAAGUAUCUAAUAAUAUGUGGCAAAUUUAUCAAGUUGUCGUUGACUGUUUUGAUACCUAUGCUGCCGAUUAUUUUUCCAUCAUUCAACCAUUUUUUGAAGGAAUUAUCAAUCAUGGAUUCGCUAAAGGAGAAAUGACAAUGGAAAACCCAAUGGUUCAAUCCUUAAUCACUAUUUGUUUCAAUUUAUUAAAGUCAGAUACUUUGGAUGCAGUGUUUGCUCAUUCAGCAUUUGAAGAUAUUGAAUUAACAAUCUUAGCCAUGGGACCAAGAUUCCAACAAUUCUUGCCUGUUUUCUUGCCAGAAAUUUUUGAUAUUUUUAGUAAUUUGGAAGCACAAAAUGCAUUUGAUGGAUUCAUGUUACAUCAUUUAUCUAUUAUAAGAGUCUUAUUUGCAUGUAUGUAUGUUGAUGCUAAUACGACUUUACAAUUCCUUCAAUCAAAAGACUUCAUAGCUGGAUUUUAUAAAUUAUGGAUUAAACAUAGUGAUGAUUUCCAAUCAGUUUAUGGAUGCAAAUUACAAAUUUUUGCCAGUUGUGCAAUUCUUAACUCCCAAUCAAUUGGAUUAUUCCCAGAAGAAUUGAUUUCUGAAACUGUUGACUUGUUAUUGGAUAACAUCGCUGCAUUACCAAAUGCCAUCAGAGCCAAACAACAAAUCUUAUCCAACGAAUCAAGUACUAAACAAUUUGCUGAAGGAGAAGACGUAGAAGAUGAAGAAGGAGAUGAGUAUGAUAAUGCGGAUUAUGAUGAAGAUUUAGAAGCAGAUGAGGCUGAAUUAGAAGCUAUGAAACAAACUCCAAUAGAUGAAGCAAAUGCAUUUGCUGAGUUUACUACUUUAUUAGUGACGAUGCAACAACAAGAUCAAAACAAGUAUAAUUUCUUAUUUGGAUCUCUUGAUGAUACUAAAAAGGAUUUAAUUAGUCAAUUGAUGAAGAUUACUCAGAAUUAG